AGAUCCGCAAUUUUUGCUCAGUAAUUGUUUUUAUUCAGCAUAUUUACAAAUUUAAGUAUCCUAGUGACACUAUCCUCGAUUCUGUUAGCAACGACAACAAUUUGGACCUAAAGAUAUCCUUGCCAUGUCCGAUGACGCCGAGCAGCAAGCUGAAGAGAUAGAGGUGCUGAAAUCCAUCUAUGACGGAGAUGAAAACUUCAAGCAGCUUAGUCCUACUACGUAUCAGUACAAGUAUGUGGAUCAAGAAAAAUCAUUUGUGCUAGAAAUCUCAUGGGGCCCCACUUACCCGACAGAAAAACCGAAAUUCAACUUGGAAAUUUUCUGCAAUCAGUAUUUGUUACCCGCAGUAAAACAAAAGAUACUGUCAAUCGUGGACUCUGAGGCAGACCAAUGGAUUGGCUGUGCGAUGACGUACACAUUGUUCGAAUGCCUCAAGGAGAAAGUGCCGGAAUUACUAGCUGACCAGAAAGAAGAAGCUGUGUCUACAAGGAUUGAGAAGAUUAUCAUUGACGAUACAGAACAGACGGAGUCAACAAAGAAACCAGAAAAGAAGGAGCAGUUAACGAAAGCGCAGAAGAGAAGAGCGUGGGACAAAGCGGAGCUAGGCCGCGCGGGGGAGAAGCCCAGGGGUUGGGAUUGGGUGGACAUAGUUAAGCAUUUAUCUCAAGUGCCACACCAGCCAGCUGCAACUUCAUGACACUGAUCAUGAUUACAGCUUUUUCAAUUAUGGCAACACUGUGGUCUUUCUUUUCUUGAUCUAGACCUUAAGGGAUAAUCCCUGUUAUCCACCAAAACGGAGAACGUAGUUUAAACAGCCAAUGGGAGGGCGUUAUAUUGUCGUCUCCGUGGUUAGUGACCAUAACGAGA